CUUAGCAAACGCUAAAACAACCCUUUGAACCGUCCAACCUGCGUGAGAUUGAGCUGUUGAGCUCGAAGUUAAACGGAGUUUGUUGUGUACAGCGAGCUUGCAAUCAUAGUGAAAUUCACACAGAACUGGUUGUUUUAUGAAUUUUGGAGAGGCUUUUCUCCCAAAUAUAAUAUAUUUAUUUCAACAGUGAAAAUAAUAUUAGCGAACAAAUAAGCUAUCAACGAAGCAGAUGCUGCGGGGAACGCCAGUAACUCGGGAGGGAGUGAGGCAGUGACAGUUCAGCUUCACGGGAAGGCGGGGGAACGUAUGGUGGUCCCAUGUCAGCACCAAAAAUAUUGAGUGGAAGAUGAUAAAGAUGUCUGUUGAAAAAGAGACUGUUCCAACCAGAAGUACAAAAGUGAACCCAGCACCACCUCUGCCACCCCAAAAACUCUCAGAAUGCAUUGGAAGCUGCAACAAUACCACCAAAGUCCCAGAGGUCACUCUGGCCAAUCCAGAUAGCACUGAUAGUGCUUCUACCUGCCCCAUGCCAGACAGUGGGGCCCAAACCAAGCACAGCAGGUCUGCUGACCCCAAUGACCAGACAGAGAGUGUUGGAAAGGAGGCCAUGGUGACUGAGCAGCACCUUAACCCAAAAAAUGGCUUGCAGCAGCCCAAACAGCAGCAGCAGAAACUCUCAAAGCGUCGCAGCACAAUGAAUGCAGGGUUCAAGCAUCCAGCAGGUAAGAGACGACGACGGGCCAACUCUGAGAGUGACUCUGUUCUGCCCACCAACUUCCUGCUGGGAGGAAACAUAUUUGACCCGCUGAACCUCAACAGUCUGUUGGAUGAGGACGUGAACAGGGCCCUGAACGCUGAGACACCCAGGUCCUCCCCGCUGCCUGCCAAGAACCGCGACCCUGUAGAGAUCCUCAUUCCCAGGGAUAUCACUGACCCUCUCAACCUUAACAGCAGGAUGGGAGGUAGGGGCCUCCUUGUGUCGCCCUUUAAGAGUGGCGGCAGGAGGAGACACCGCAACAGACACCAUGGAGGAGGUGGUGGGGGGUCCUCAGUCUCCGGGUUGGACCAGUCAGAUUCAGAGAGAAGUGGUGAAGUGACCAACACCACUGCUUCUUCUCUAUCUAACCUGGCAUCUGCUAGUGCUGCGUCUGCCUCAGUUUUCGAAGCACCCAGUGUCCCAGCCAUCUUGGACCCCUGUGGUGUUGAUGGUAACGAGAUCAACCCCUCCAACAGCAGGGAUGAGGCCACGCUCACUGUAUCAGCCCCCCAGGCCCAGCCUCGAGCCCCGGAGGACUCCUCGGCAGCCACAUCCGGAGGCUCGAACCAGCUCACUAGCCGGCCACGCAAACGCAGACGCAACUCUAGUAAAACAGACCCUCCUAUGGCCCAAUCUACUCCUAUGUCCAGGUCAGGGACGGAGGAGAAGGGCCGUGGAGCUGGGCCCGGGAGAAACGCACAGUCCUCCUUCCAAACCCCAGUGGUAGGUCCGAGGGGGUCCUCCCAGCAACAGCAGCCCCACAACCAGCACAAACGACAGCAGCACCAAGGCAACAAAAAGAAGUUCCAGUAUGGGAACUACAACAAGUACUAUGGUUACCGCAACCCAGGCUGUUCUGAGGACCCGCGGUUCCGUUGUCUGCGUCCAGAGUGGUUCCAGGGUAAAGCAGUGCUGGACCUGGGCUGCAACACGGGUCACCUGACACUGUGUAUUGCUAAGAAGUUGCGGCCCGCACGCAUAUUGGGGUUGGACAUUGACGGGGGUCUGGUGCACGCGGCCCGCCAGAACAUCAGACACUACCUGUCAGAGCUGCAGGCCCAGGAGGCCCGGCGAACCACAGGGGAGGAGGAGAAGACCAAUGGGCCGGAAGAGGAGAGGAAGGAGGAGAAGGCAAACAGACAGGAGGAGGAGAGGAAGGAAGGCGUGUCACACUCAGGCGAACAAACACACAAACAGAAUGAAAGAGAGCACAGCAGGGCUGAGAAUGGAAAUGUCGAAAAGCAGGUGAGAAGCGACUGUGUCUCAGUGGAGGCAGCGGAUGGUGUGGCGUUGUCGCGUCACGCAGAGAGAAGAGAUCAGGAGAGUGGGGCUGAGGAGAAAGACUCUGGAACGCCUGCUGUUGAACUGGGGACAAGCUCCUUCCCUGUCUCCUUGCAUAUCUCCAGGGGGCCCAUAGCAGCACCCCCACUCCCCAAAACACCCACCAUGCCUCCCGGCGACUUCCCCUCCAAUGUCUCUUUUAUCAAGGGGAACUAUGUCCUGGAGAGUGAUGUUCUGUUGCUGACCCAGCGGCCAGAGUAUGACGUCAUCCUGUGCUUCAGCGUUACCAAGUGGGUCCACCUGAACUGGGGAGACGGUGGCCUGAAGCGCCUCUUCCACAGAGUGUUCAGGCACCUGCGUCCUGGAGGCAUGUUCAUCCUGGAGCCACAGCCCUGGAUCACCUACGGCAAGAGGAAGAAACUCACGGAUAGCAUCUUUAGGAAUUACCACAGCAUCCGCCUCAAACCAGAACAGUUCUCCACAUAUCUGACAUCUGAGGUGGGAUUCUCCAGCUACGAGUUGAUCGGGACUCCUAACAGUUCGUCAAGAGGUUUUCAAAGGCCAAUCUACUUGUUUCAUAAAGGAACAUAAUCUGCCUGGAAGUCCAUUGAGCAGCAUAAACCCAAACCACCACAAGACACCUUAAUCUCCAGCCUGUAAGCAUAUCUCAACCCCAAGCAGACUCUGAGCUUUCUACAUGCCUGUACAUUGAUGCUGUGUUGUUUUGAAGGUAAGGAGUCCAAAACAGGACACUUGAUUCUAUAAAACGACAAUCAGAUGGCUUCUCUACUCACCGAACUCCACUCCAGAUGAUGAGAAGCUUUGGGAAACUCAAUCAUGACUUUGGACUUUUUGCUCCCAAUGCACAGGCUGUGUGUUCCAUAUUUGUUUUACUACUGUUUGUACUCUUGUUCAGUCAGGGACUAUAUUUGUUUCAGUUGGUUCAUCAACAUAUCCAGCAUUUUAAUCAGAAUGGACUGGCGAACCCCAAUUUGAAUCCUUUACAGAAAGGUUAUUUCCAUGUUAUGUCCAAAUGGAACUCAUGUAGGGACAUUUCUCACACGUUUUAAUUUUUUAAUAGGGUCAGUCUUCAUUUUAACACUGUCCUUGAGUUCCUCUGUGUCCUAACUCACUGACUAGGAAAAGCAGUUUGUUUUCAAUGUGACUUUGUGGAUGAGUUGUGCCUGUCUUCAGUCUGCUCCUGGUCCGGAUUGCAUUCUUCCAGAUGUCCUACUUUGCGUCCAGGGACUGUUCCUGCCACUUUCUAUUGGUAGUUGAUUCAAGAACAACUGUCAGUCAGGUGGAGUUGGCAAUGCUGAGAGGAUGAUCAAUGUUUUUACUUUGGUUAUAAUAAGAAUGAGCAGUGUUUUAUUUGGUUUUACUCCUGUUCUGUUGAUUGCUUUUGGUACUUUUUCUUUCUUUCAAUGGAUUUGUGUCAUGUGUUCAAUAUGAUUAGUUGCUGCCAACUAAUCAUAUGUAGUCUAUACAGGGCCUCAGUGCCUAGGCCUCAGAUGGGACUUUAAUCCAGCUCACUUUAACCCAAGUCAAUUCAUCAUAAUGUAAUGUUGUUUACGCUUUACUCAAUUCUUACGCUUAAUUCAUUGUUUACUAUCACCAGCAGAUGGGCAAAUGCUGGUCUAGUUCUGAUUUUGUUUAAAUGUUUUAAUAAACAAAUCAAUUGAAAUGCA